AUGUGUUUGUGUGUCCCUCCCUCCCUUGUCCCACGUGCUUUGCAUUUAAGGAGACUUAAGUGCAGACUGAGGUUAAGGCAGUGCCUUAUACCAUUGUGUCCUGUUCUGAAAUCCUUCCCCCAGGAGUGCUGUCUCUGUAUGUUCAUUUUAGCCAUUUACAAAGCUGCUUCUCUCCCCACUCCCCAAGUAAAAGACAAAAUGUCACUUGGUUGGAUAUUUAUGGGUAGUUUUUCAAUUUCUGUUUUACUUAAUUUUAAAAUUCAUUAUUUUGGCCUUGAAUCACUUAUGAACUGGAAAAUGGUUUGA